GGCAGACAGGCAAGCUGAUGUACGUGAUGCACAACUCGGAGUACCCCCUCAGCUGCUUCGCCCUCUUCGAGAACGGCCCCUGCCUCGUGGCAGAUGCCAACUUCGACACCCUCAUGGUGAAGCUGAAAGGCUUCUUCCAAAAUGCCAAGGGCAACAAGAUAGAGAGCCGGGGCACGCGCUACCAGUACUGUGACUUCUUGGUGAAGGUGGGCACGGUCACAAUGGGGCCCAGUGCCCGCGGGAUAUCUGUGGAG